UCUCUCUCUCUCUCUCUCUCUCUCUCUCUCUCUCUCGCCAUCAUACAAUUACAUUGCUCUAAAAGCUCAUUCUCACCAUAGCAACCUCAGAUGAACAUAAAACACUUGAUGAACGAUAUCAGAGGGGGGCGGAAAGACCGGACUUACGUGUUAUGUCACCCUGAGAAAUCUGUUCUACGGCACGCUGGAGAGAAGCAAGCCAUCAUGGAGUAACUGGCACUCACAGAUUGUCCUCCUGCCAUGGCCCACACAGGCCCCGAGGUGCACUGGAGGUGGUUGGAGCUCCAUGACUCGGUGUCUAUAGGGUCUGUGGAGAGGAAGGUCCGGACGACUGCAGGGACCAGACAGUGGAGGAUCCACCGUCGACCCAAACCCAGACACACCUUUCUGGAUGAACGCAGACUGCAUUACGCUGCUUGGGACGGAUGUCUGGACCAAGUCAAGGCUAUGCUGGAACUUGGUGUGCCUGCUAACUGCCAGGACCCGUAUGGUUGGACAGCUGUCCACCACGCCUCUUUCAAGGGUCAUCUCAUGCUGAUCAAGUUCCUGUUGCAAACCGGCCAGGUGGAGGUAAAUAGCCAGGACUUCUUCAACUGCACUCCCUUGCACCGCUCCUGCACUGGAGGAAACCCUGAGACCACGGACUUUCUUCUCCAGAAGGGGGCGUCACAUUCAGUGAGGUCCUGCUCCGGCCAGACGCCCCUUCACCUGGCUGCAGCCAGUGGACACCUGGGCACGGCUCGGGUUCUGCUCCAGCACUUGGCCUCACCGAACCCCCAGGACUUUCAUAAGUGGACACCCUUGCAUUGGGCAGUUUUUGGAGGCUGGGGUGACGUGGCAGAGCUCCUUCUAGAUAAUGGGGCAGAUGUGGAGGGAGGAAAGGGUGUGGGCAUGAGCCCCCUGCAGUUGGCUGUGUUGGUGGGGAACGAGGCGGGGGUGAAGCUACUGCUCCACAGAGGUGCAGAUGCCAAUAUGAGGGGUCCUAACGGCCGUACAGCCAUGCACCUUUGUGCCUGCUCUGGAGACAAAAAGAUCCUCCAGCAGCUGUUAACAGGAGGUGCUAAGGUCGAUGUCAGGGAUGGAGAUGUUGCGUCUCCGCUGCAUCUUGCUGCCCGCAGUGGCUCCAGGGCUGUGGUGCACUUGUUGAUUUUGAAUGGAGCAGGACUCGAGGACAGGGACAACCUCAAAAUGACGCCACUGCACUACUCGACGCUCAGGGACAACGUUGAGGCUGCCAAACUGUUGCUGCACUACGGGGCAGAUGUGAAUGCUGUCGAGAGGCUCGGACAGACAUCUUUGCACUUGGCCUCUGAGAGGGGUCACUGCAAGGUCCUCAAGGUUCUGCUAGAAAAAGGGGCUGAUCCUGCUAUAAGGAGCAGCUGGAGAGAAACAGCAGAGGAUGUCGCAAAGGCACACAAUCAGCUGGGUGUAGUCCAGCUCCUUCAGCAACAUUAGGCGGUCGGGAUGAAAGAUCAAGCUCAGGACACUAUGGAGAGAGAGAAGAAAUAACAGUGAAUUAGCCUGUUUUUUACUCAACUUCGAAACAUCCUAGGUGUAUGUGACGUUCUUCUUUUAGACAAAUCCAAUCGGAGUUAUAUUAAAUUGUCCAGACCCCUUGAAGCCUUUGAACUGGAGUAAGAGGGUGUUUGUUGUCAACAGUUCAGAAGAAAGUAUGCACAUCCAUAAUAAAAGAUACCUCACUCAGCUCCAGUUUGGCCCCCUGUACAAAUCCAUGCGUUUUUGUACGACAAAUAUCUAUUUUUCAAAUGUAAUAAACACUUUUUUUCUCACUUCUGCUGACUGUGGCAAGAAGACGUUCAGGCAGAUGAUGUACGGGUGUUUCUUGGAAAUGUAGGAGCAAAGGAAACAACGUUUCCUUACUUUAGCAAAAGACAAACCAUUCUCCUCUUGGCUUAUAUUGAAGUCCUACAGCUUUUUUGCUUUUUUUGGCAUUUUGCCUUUAAUUUUGAUAGGACAGAUCAUAGCUGACAGGAAGUGAAGUGGUAGAGAAGGGGUGCAGGAUCGGGAAAGGUAUGCGAACCAGGACUCGAACCGCAACGUCCAAAGUGCAACGGCGCUGAAUGUCGACUCGCAGCCUAAAUCGCUACCGGCACUGAAUUUUUAAUCACGCAACUCAUAUGUCUUACAUCAUUCACCGGGACUGCUUCCACAUGCCACAGUCAGCGGAAGUGAGAAAAAGUUGUUACGUUUAUAAUAAAUGAUCUUUUAAAAAAGCAUGAAUUUGUACAGGGGGCCUUUAUUCACCACCUGGAGUGGUGUGAGGGACAUUUAAUUUAACGUCUUCUGUUGUGUAUACAGCAAACGCCCGUUUAUACCUUGGAAAGGCUUGGUUGGGCCUGGACAGUUUUUAAUAUAACUCAGUUUAGAUUCAUCUAAAAGAAGAAAGUCACAAACACCUAGGAUUCUUCGACGGUGAGUACAAGUUAAUUUUCAUUUUUCUGUGAACAAACCUUUUAAGGCCUGUUCACACUGGGGAUUAAAACUAUUAGAACCAUAACUAUGAUGUUUUAUUAAUCAUUGUAACUUUAAUGACAUUGAUGAAAAAUGAAUUGCUUUCAAAAGAGCUGAUGGAUGAUAAAAACAUUGACAGCCAAUCAAAAGCCAACUGAUCUUAAAGGGCUAGAGUUGUUACGGUUCUCUUUAUAGUAAAAGUCUGGUGUGAACUGGCUUAACAGUUUGAGUCCACUGAUUUAAGCGGACAAGUAACAAGAAUAUUUAUAGGUAUGGUCACAUUUACUAUUGUUUUGCAAAUAGGAAUUGAAGUAACUGAAUUUUUGAGGGCAAAAGAUUGACUCGGAUUGGUCACAUAAAUGUAAGUAAGUUCUGUGAAAGCUGUAUAUACCAUAAUUAUGACUAGGGCCAAUGCUACAAAUCUUGGGACAUGGAACUAUUUUAUUUGAUAGUGGAUAAAUCCUCUGGUAAUAACUGUAGUGCCUAUAGUAUUUUGUUGUAAAGUGUGUUAUAUUUUUAAGCGUCUAUAUGGAAUAAAAUCACCUUCAACAUUCA